GGCUUGGCGCUGCAUCGAAAAGUAUGGCAUGACCUUGACGCGCAGCAACUCUCCCACAUGCCGCCAUGGGCCUUCGACCGGGGCUGCCACGAACGAUUGCCGGCCGCGGUGCGAAUACUGUAUGCCUGCAAUGCUGGCGGAAGCUGGCCCGGACGCCGAUGCCUUUGCGCCAGGCCUUCUCGACCAUCCCAUCACAUAGAUCCGGCGCGGUAGCUGUGGGGAAGAGCCGGAACUCGUUCAGCAAAGACUUCUUCGGCAAGAACUCAUUAUUAAAAGAGACGUUCUGGCAAUCGAGGAGAGAACUGCAGAGCUCCAUUGCGACAGUCAAGACAAAUAGCGGACAGCCAGCAGCACCACGAGAUGCAACCACCACACCCACACCAACGCCCACAGACGACAUCCUCCCCCACCGGCGGCGGAAGCGCGCCAAAGAACUCGCCGCACCGCAGUCCUCGCCCUCGCCCACCCCCGAAGGCACAGAAGCCUACCCCAUCCCCCUCGACGCCUCCGCCCGCCUCGCCGACCUAGCAACCACCCAAACCUCGCUCAAGCGCCUCUUCUUCACAUACCUCUCGCUCUCGAAACCGCGGCUUUCGUUCCUCGUCGUCCUCACCGCCACCGCCACAUACAGUCUCUACCCGGUCCCGCAGCUGCUCAGCACGGCAGCGACCGCGACGCCCAGUCUGUCUGCGCUCACGCUGCUGUUCCUCACCACGGGUACCGCGCUGUGUUCAGCGAGCGCGAACGCGUUCAAUAUGAUCAUGGAGCCCAAGUUCGACGCCCAGAUGAGCCGGACGCGCAACAGGCCGCUGGUCAGGAAGUUGAUUAGCGUGCGCGGCGCGGUCGUGUUCGCUGUUGCGUGCGGCAUCGUUGGCACCGCAGGUCUAUACUUUGGUGUGAAUCCUACCACCGCGUUCCUCGGGGCCAGCAAUAUCGUCCUGUACGCUGGCAUUUAUACACCACUGAAACGUAUCAGCGUGCUGAAUACGUGGGUUGGCGCCGUGGUUGGCGGGCUGCCGCCGCUGAUGGGCUGGACGGCUGCGGCGAGCCAGUACGCGCACGACGGCACGUGGGAGGAGUUGUUGUUCAGCGAGGGGAGUGCUGGGGGCUGGCUGUGCGCCGCGCUGCUGUUCGCAUGGCAGUUUCCGCACUUCAACAGCCUGUCGUGGUCGAUCCGCGACGAGUACCGCAACGCGGGCUACCGGAUGCUGGCGUGGGUCAACCCAAGGCAGAACGGGCGUGUUGCGCUGAGAUAUGCGGUGCUUAUGUUUCCGGUCUGUAUUGGAUUGAGUCUGUGCGGGAUUACGGAUAUGAGUUACAUCGCCACGAGUAGUGUGGUGAAUGGCUGGAUGGCCUGGAAGGCGUGGGAGUUUUGGAAGCAGGAUGGGCACAAGGGGACUGCGAGGGGGCUGUUCUGGGCCAGUGUGUGGCAUCUGCCGAUUGUCAUGGUACUGGCUAUGGCGCAGAAGAAGGGGCUGGGUGAGAGGCUGUACAGGAGCAUCUUCGGGUAUGCGGAUAUCGAGGAUGAUGAGCUGUAUUAUGAGGCUGGGGAGCUGGAAGAAGAAGAAGAAGAAGAGGAGGAGGAGGAGGAGGAGGAAAAGUAUCAGAGGAGACGGGUGGUGAACUGAUGGAUGAGUGUCUCCUUGCGUUUACCAUGGGUUGGUGGAUUAGCUGUCACGAUACCUUGUAUUAUAUGGCAUCAGCAUGUAUCAAGAUGAUCAGUUGCGCACACCCGAAGGCGUUCAAGACUGCAACACAUCGAUUUGCUUGUACCAUACACCGAGUAUCUUCGCGGAACCGGCAGCACAACAUGACAGUGCUCGAAAAACGAUAACGUCCACCGUACGCAAGGAAUCGUUCGCUCUGCACUUGGAGAUGGCAUCCCAUAAUUCCCCCGUGUCUUUUCGUCUCCGCUCAGCCAUGCGCACCACCUGCUUAUGCAGGAUACUUCCGCAGCUGUGCACGUGUCAGUAUCGUACUCCCAGUCGAAGGUCG